UGAGACCCAGAAGUGACUGUGGAGGUGGUAUUGAGAACUUGAGACUGACCCAUAUUCACUCACUUGAGUUUUCCCUCCUGGCUGCCCCAUUAGCUCUAAUUUCCCAUGGUAGACAGCAGAGGCUGACUCAAGUCCCAGGACACAAAGGGUGACAGUCUUGCUUCUUGCAUAUGUAUUUCCUCUCCUAGGCCUUGCCUUACAACCUGACAGCAAGCUCUUGCUGACAGUGAGGAUCUGGCAUGAUGGCCACAGGCCUUUGUCCUAGAACAUCGGGCACUGCCACUCACAGGGCCCCAGAUGCAUGUCCUCACCUCUGCUGGGAGCAGUCUUCCUCUUCUGGUCCUAUUUAUGGGCUGUUGGUUUGCUUCCUUCAUAAAACACAGUACUACCUCAUCAUUUUGUCCUCCAUCAGCCUCAAAUAGAAUCUAGGCCACAGUACAGGGAACAUGGUGUUGGCAGGACAAACACUGUGCUGCUGCACUUGUUGGGGGCAGUGUAGAGGGCUGAAGAGUGGGCCCCCAAACUAAUGCCCACUUGGAGUCUCUGAAGGCAGCCUCAUUUGGAAAUGGUGUCUGCAGGUGUGGUCAGCUGAGUUAGGCUGAGGUAAAAGGCCCUGAUCCAGCAUAAAUGAGGCCUUUACAAGACAGGAGAGAAGCCACACACUGCAAGAAAAUGGCCAUGUGAGAAGUGAGGCAGAGUGGGGAGAGGUAGCUGCAAGCAGCAGCUGGAAGAGGCAGGAAGGCCCCUCCUCUAGAGCCUCCGGAGGGAGCUCAGCCCUGCCCACACCUGGAUUUUGGACUCUGGCCUCCAGAAUAGGGCAGAAUCCAUUUUUGGACUGGAGCUUGUAUGAGUGUCCUGUGGCUGCUGUCACAAAACACCAGAGAUUCGGGAAGCACCUCUCCUCCCUAAAUACUUCUGCAAGUAGUAUUUGUAAGGAGAGGUGAUGCUGUGGUCACACCUGGACAUGGCGUCAGGCCCAGAGACUCUUGACUUGUUGGAUGAACAGGCUUCUCUGGAAAAAUCAGCUGUGUGACAUGGUGCAGCCCAGUGGUGGCCUGGCAGGGGAGCAGGACGUGCAGGGUGAAGAGUCUUCUUUGGGGAAGCCAGCCAUGCUGCAUCUUCCUUCAGAGCAGAGUACUCCUGAGACCCUCCAGCGCUGUGUGGAGGAGAAUCAAGAGCUCCGAGAUGCCAUCCAGCAGAGCAACCAGAUGCUGCGAGAGCGCUGUGAGGAACUGCUGCAUUUCCAAGUCAGCCAGAGGGAGGAAAAGGCGUUCCUUAUGCACAAAUUCCAGGAGGCCAGGAAACUGGUAGAGAGACUCAGCCUGGAGAAGCUCGACCUGAAGCGGCAGAGGGAACAGGCCCUGCAGGAGGUGGAGCAUCUAAAGAGAUGCCAGCAGCAGAUGGCCGAGGACAAGGCCUCUGUGAAAGCUCAGGUGACAUCCUUGCUGGGGGAACUCCAGGAGAGCCAGAGUCGCCUGGAAGCUGCUACUAAGGAGCUGCAGGCUUUGGAGGGCAGGGCCCGGGCGGCAAGCGAGCAGGCCAGGCAGCUGGAGAGUGAGCGUGAGGCACUGCAGCAGCAGCACAGCGUGCAAGUGGACCAGCUGCGCAUGCAGAGCCAGAGUGUGGAGGCUGCCCUGCGCAUGGAGCGCCAGGCUGCCUCGGAGGAGAAGCGGAAGCUGGCCCAGUUGCAGGUGGCCUAUCACCAGCUCUUCCAAGAGUAUGACAACCAUAUCAAGAGCAGUAUGGUGAGCAGCGAGCGAAAGCGAGGAAUGCAGCUGGACGAUCUCAAGCAGCAGCUCCAGCAGGCUGAGGAGGCCCUGGUGGCCAAACAGGAAGUGAUUGACAAGCUGAAGGAAGAGGCUGAGCAGCACAAGAUUGUGAUGGAGACUGUUCCAGUCCUGAAGGCCCAGGCGGAUAUCUACAAGGCAGACUUCCAGGCUGAGAGGCAGGCCCGGGAGAAGCUGGCUGAGAAGAAGGAGCUUCUGCAGGAACAGCUGGAGCAGCUGCAGCGGGAGUACAGCAAGCUGAAGGCCAACUGUCAGGAGUCGGCCAGGAUCGAGGACAUGAGGAAGCGACACAUAGAGGCCUCCCAGGCUCCGUUACCACCUGCACAGGCCCACCCCUCUUUUCACAUGGCCCUGCCCAUCCAGAGGAGAAGCCCCCCCGAGGAGCCACCUGACUUCUGCUGUCCCAAGUGCCAGUAUCAGGCUCCUGAUAUGGAUACCCUGCAGAUACAUGUUAUGGAGUGCAUUGAGUAGGGCCAGUGAACACAAGGCCAUCUGCAGAUGACACACCCAAUACCAUGCAGUCUCUGCUUUCCUCUUCCACCUGGGAUUAAGGACUAGGUGACAGAGCAGACUGCUGCUCCAUGCCCCGGGAGCUGGCUGUAGGGCCUUGUGCUUUGACCCUACUGGCCUGAGGAGCCACUUCUCUUAGGUCAGGCCUGGUGCUGUGCUCUUCCUAUUCCAUUCUGUUCGCUUAAACCAUGUGCCUCUGGGGCUGGUCCCUUCCUCUUCUUCCAGUCCACAGCUAGGAUGUCAAGAAUGGAGGCUGGGGGCUCUCAGGGAGAGCUGUGCCCCCAAGCAGAGAUGGGCAGCAGCUUUUCCUCCAACCAGCUGUGACUCACCCUCCCCUGUGCUCCAGGCCUGCCGCACCCUUGCUGUGCACACCACUGCGCUCCUUUUGGGCUGCAUGCUGUUCUGUUUCGUGGUCAGAUCAUGGCAUAUUUAACUGGUCCACUUGACGGACAUUUGGAUUAUUUUCCAGUCUUUUGCUAUCAUAAAUAAUGGUGCAGUGAAAAUCCUGUGCAUCACUUGUGUGUGUUUUGGGGAUAGAUUUUAACAAGGGGGACUGUUGAACAUGUAUGAUGCUGGGGGUGAGUGACACUUAGAGCUUGCUUUCCUGCCCCUGUCCCCCUGGUUCCCAUAGCCUUGCCGAGGAGGGGGUGGGCAGACCUUUGGAUGCUUGCCAUCUACUGGGCUUGCAGUUCUACUAUUAGAAGUAAGCGUGUGGCUCAAGGAGUAGGGUGCCGGCCCUAUAUACUGGAGGUGGUGGGUUCAAACCCGGCCCCGGCCAAAAACUAUGAAAAAAAAAAAAAGAAGUAAGCAUAAACAUCUUUUCAGAGGUUGAGGGCCCUUUUCAGUUCUGCUGUGAGAGGGCUGUCCGUAUCUUUUACCCAUUGUUCUGCUGUUAUCUGCACUUCCUUAGUUUUUAGUGGUUCUUUGUUAAUUAGCAGGAUUAGCUUUGAGUGUCAUAGACUUUUCCCACUUUGACUUUGCUGUUAUUAUUUCUUGGCCUUGAGUUUUUAUCUUUAUGUAGUCAUAUUUAUUCAUUUUUUUCCCUGGGAGCCACUUGGCAGUGAAUGGCGCUCUUCAACUAUUUUGCAAGGUUCUGGCCAUUUCCCACGAUGUCAAAGCCAUUGGGCAUUAACCCUAUAAUUGCAGCAAAGGACAGGACAUAGGACUUUGACAGAGAGCGCAGUGCACACAGGACUCUUUGCCUGGCUCAUCCUUCCUGCCAUCCUCCAAGCUUCCCUGGUUGGAAUGGGAUGUUGUGAAUCCAGCGCUGGGCAUUGACACAGGGCUUCCUGCUAUGUGAGCGUGAGAGGGCUAACUAGAAUUAAGAUGUAGGAUCUUCUACAACUAAGCCUGGCUAUGGGGUUUCUCAGCAUCUGCAGGGGUGGGGAGUGACUUUCCCAUUUCCUAAAGCUGGGCGUCUGUCACACUGGACUUUUGGAAAUUGUUAAGGGAACAGGCCGGCUCUGCUUAUGGGUGCUGCAUUUAAAUCUAAAUCCUGUAAGUUUUCUACAAGAGCACUUUGAAUGCUUUUGGAGGGAGGGUGUAUGGCUGAACAAAACACCACAAACUUGAUGGCUUAAAACAACAGAAACUUAUUCUACAGUUUUGGAAACCAGUAGUUGUCAUGAUGCUGUCAGCAAGGCUAGUUUCUUCUGGAGGGUCUAAGAAUCAGAUCCAGGCCUAGCUGCUGUCAUCUUGUGGUUGCUUGUAAUCCUAUAGACCCGGCAGUCUAGUUUCUGCUUCUGUGAUCACAUGACCUCUUUCACUUCAUCUGUCCAAGUCUUCUCUCUGUCUCUGCUAAGGAUACCCACCAUUGGAUUGGGGUCCACUUGGUCAUCUAGGGUGAGCUCCCCAUCUUAAGAUCUUUGCUUUCAUUAUAGCUGUAAACAUCCUUUUCCCUGAUAAGGCCUCAUUCACAAGUUCUGGGAGUUAGCAAAACACAGUGCUGGUCAGAGAAGGGCUCCUAGAUGCCUCUGUUCACCCUCUUUUUUUUUGAGACAUAAUCUCACUAUGUUGCCCUCAGUAGAGUGCUGUGGUGUCACAACUCACAGCAGCCUCCGACUCUUGGGCUUAAGUGAUUCUCUUGCUUCAGCCUCCCAAGUGCUGGGACUAUAGGCACCUGCCACAAUGCCCGGCUAUUUUUUUUUGUUGUUGCAGUUGUCAUUGCUGUUUAACUGGCUGGGGCUGGGUUUGAACCUGCCGCCCUAGGUGCAUGUGGCCGGUGCCUUAACCACUGCUACGGGCACUGCCUCUGUUCACUCUCUUGAGAAGUGGGAAGCCCAGCCCUGCACUAUUGAUGGCCAUUACUCAGGGUGCAGGUGAGCUGGCAGGGCCUCCCUAGCCCUCCCAUCCAUGUCUUUUGGCCCCAGCAGCAAUGUCCACCUGAAGACAAGAUAUCCCCAUGCCUUUGGAAGCCUGCCCUAACAAACUCUACAGACCAGCAGCCACCACUCCCUGGGGACUGAGCUCCUCUAGCAGAGCUGCAGGUCUUGGACACCCCUGCCCUCAGCCCCAUUUGCACUCAUCUGUGAACUCUGGGUUGAGUGGUGAUCCCGAAAAGACAGGUUUCCCUCAAUGAUCCCCUUACCCUCUUUCAGGCCUCCCUCUACUGUCUGCUGCCCCUCCUUGGGGAGUUGGUGCUUUAUUUUUUUCUUUUUUUCUAGGGGGAGGGAAGGGAAGAAGGAGGGGAAUCAAAGACUCUGUCCUAGAGAGGGAAGGAGGUGAGGUGAAAUUUGAGACCAGCAGAAGCAGGGGAGGUAGAGGCUGUACCUUCAUUAAGGUGGGGUUGUUUGUGGUCAAGCCCUAAGCAUCCUGCUUGAGAAUUGGUCAGAGGGGAAAACAGUCAAGGGGAGCAAAGGAAGGAGCCAGGAGGGGCCAGAGGAAGAACAAGAGAUAGAAUCUUAGGGGGCCAGGGAAAUGAAAGGAUCCAGGGACUAGAGGUGCUUCCUGGGGGAUGGUGGGGGGUGUGGGUGUGUUUCCCCAGUGUUUCCCAUGGAGUCAGUAGCAGCAUCUGGGAGCUGGAAAAACACUUGUGCUUGGGCCCCCUGGAUCAGCUGAGGCUCACUCCCCUUCCCAGAGGCCAGGUGCCCUUGGUGCCUGUCCACCUGCCCGUCCCUGUAGCACUGUGUAAGGUUGACUAUAGAUUACACACCAAGGAUGUGAAACCAUAAUUUGUGCAACAGUGGGGCAUUCUGCUUUCUUCCUUUCUGACUUGACUUAGAUUGGGUUUCUGAACAACUGGCUGGAUUACUCUCAGGAGGGAGUCAGCCUGCCUGCUUUAUUAGCUGUAGCCCUUGUGUCCACACAGCUAGAAGCACAUCCCACCUAGAACCUGUGUCAUUCCUGUUGUUCGUCCACAUCCCCCUCUUGCUGGUCAAUGCAUAGGAGAAAAGUAGGCAAGCAAUAAACACAAUAAGAAAGCAUUUCACCCUCACUAGUAACUAAAGCACAAACUUUGUAAGCAAAAUAUGAUGUCAAAAUAGCAACAAAUGAAACCCAAUGUAUGGUGCCCUGCUGGCAAGGGGCAGGGCGCAGGCCUUCUGAUGUUGCCCCCUGCUGAGGCACUAUUUGGUGGGAUGGAACAAGCACUUAGGAAGUAUCCUCAGCCCUCUUAACCCUAAGAGUUAGUCAGGUACUCACACUGACUCUGACACUGGACAGACAGGUGCUCACUGCACCAUCAUUUGUAGCCACCAAAGGCUGUCGUGAAAUAAGAGGUUGUGUAUCUGAUAACAUGGCCCUUCACAGCCACCAUUUUGAGCAUCUUUUUUUUUUUUUUUUUUGAGACAGAAUCACUCUGUGUAGAGUGCUAUGGUGUCAUAGCUCACAGCAACCUCAAACUUUUGGGCUCAAGCAAUCUUCCUGCCUCAGCCUCCUGAGUAGCUGGGACUACAGGCGCCCGCUAUAACACCCAGCUGAUAUUUUUAGUAGAGAUGGAGUCUCAUUCUUUUUUUUUUUUGUAGAGACAGAGUCUCACUUUAUGGCCCUCGGUAGAGUGCCGUGGCCUCACACAGCUCACAGCAACCUCCAACUCCUGGGCUUAAGUGACUCUCCUGCCUCAGCCUCCCGAGUAGCUGGGACUACAGGCGCCCGCCAUAACGCCCGGCUAGUUCUUGGCUGCAGUUCGGCCAGGGCCGGGCUUGAACCCGUCACCCUCGGUAUAUGGGGCCGGCGCCCCACUGACUGAGCCACAGGCGCCACCCUGGAGUCUCAUUCUUGAUCAGGCUGGUCUCAAACUCCUGAGCUCAAGUGAUCCACCUGCCUUGGCCUCCCAGAGUUUACAGGCCUGAGCCAACCUCACCUGUCAUUUUGAACAUCUUGUCAUAUGAAACGUGCUCUGUAGUAUGUUGGCAUGAACAGGCCAGGAGACAAACUUAUGUAUAAAGUGUGAUCCCAGUAAAGAAAUAAAAGCUUCUAGCAUGGAUGGAUGUGUGUGGUCAGGUUACUGGUAAUUAAAAGUUUUCCUUACAUAUUUAUGUAUUUUCUGAGUGUCUAUAAUUUGCAUACAUUACUUUUAUACAUAGAAAAUGUCUCUUCAAAGCUAUUCUUGUGUUAACACAGCUCUCAGAGGUUUUGUCCCCAUUAGUGGCUGAGAAGAGUUCCCUGUUGAUACAUUUGUUCAUGGAAGAAUGGCACAAAGGGCUUGACUUAAGGUUUUUGUGUGCCUGGAGUUGCCUGGAGCUGCCAUAACAAAAUACUACGAACUGGGGGGCUUAAAACAACAGAAAUUGAUUAUCUUCUGGUUCUGAAGUCCAGAAGUUCAAGAUCAAGGUGCCGUCAUGGUGAAUUCCUUGGUGCCUCAUGGCUGCAUCUCUUCAGUCUCUGCUGCUAUUGUCAUGUGGCCUUCUCCCUGUGUACUCUGUGUCUCUUCUCUUCGUACAAGCACACCAGUGUCAGAGAUAAACAAAGGCAGGCAUUUAUUAAAGCUGUAAAAACAGAUGAUUUUAGUAACUACUGGCAGUGGGGGAGAGUAGAGCUUCAUCCUGACGUAUGCAGAGGGGACUGGGCAUGAAACAGGGAGGUGAGGAGGUGGUGGGGACUAGUGGAGGCUCAGGU